ACGAAAAAUGUCAGAUGUCAGAUUCAACAAAGUUCGAUAGGUUAGAAGAUUGUACGUACUAUUAGCGAGCAUCGACAUAAAGAGAGAGAAAGAGAGAGAGAGAGAGAGAGAGAGAGGAAAGAGAUGAAGUGUGUAAAUAAAAUAAACUCGCUUUAUUUCUAGUGAUUAGAGUACAACCGUAUGACUCUUGCAAUUAUUAUAGGUGAAUCGUAAUAGUAACACAAACUAAUAAAGUGCAAAAUACGAUGGCAGAAAAUUUAGCUAAAGUUUUUGCAGCAGAAGAUUUUAAUGCGGAGAAAUUUGUUAAGGAUCUAAGUGCGCAAUGCGUUGGUGCGGAUGAACUUCGACAGCAACGUGCAAAGAUUCAAGAACUUGCAAAUAAUACAUCUGCUUUGUUAAAGCGCAAUGUUUAUCAAAAUUAUAUGCAAUUUAUAGAAACGGCUAAAGAAAUUUCUCAUUUAGAAAGUGAAAUGUAUCAGUUAUCGCAAUUGUUAAGCGAACAGCGUUCUUUACUAAGUACACUUGGCACUACCAGAACUACUGGCCUUAUGUUUGAAGAUUUAUCAGAAUCCCAACAAGACAAUAAUAAUGAUAAUAUUACUAAGGAGCAAGAGCAAAAACAAAAACUGAUUCAAUUACUUGAAAAUGUAGAGGGUGCAAUGAAUUUGGCAGAAAUUGCUGGUCGUGUUUGCUUGCACGAAGGUUCUCUUCUAGAGUUAGAUCCAGUUGAUGGGAUGCCAUUAAAAAGAAUUCAUGCUUAUUUAUUCAACGACGUAUUAAUGAUAGCCUCUUGGUUAGCUAAUGGUGGCAGAAGAGGUCCACCCAGAUAUAAGAUGCAAGCUGUCUACAAUUUACAAAGUUUAGCUGUUGUUAAUAUUAGAGAUCUGGGUACUGUGAAGUUGGCAUUUAAACUUCUUGCGUUUCCAGAUACCAGAGUAUUUCAGUGUGCAACCGCAACAAGUAAAGAAUGGUUGGACAAAUGCGAACAAGCAAAGAGAGCCAAGCUGGCACAAGAGAACGGAAGUAACGAUGCAGAUAAAAAUAAACUUUCCAAGGAAAAACAAACCAUACCAUCACGCUCGAUGUCUUUGGAAUCAAACACAUUAGGUAUGGACGAUGAUGAAGAAUCGGAAUAUCAUGAGCCACCACCUGAAUGGGUAUUAGAAGUAGCAGAGGAUUUAGACUCUUGCAUAGCACAACGCCACUUUGAAGAUGCUUAUAGUCUUUUAGAAAGAGCUAGAACAUAUUUAAAAGAUACGACAAUGACACCUCUUUUGUUGGAAAUUCAAGCAAAAGUUAACGAGAGAGGACGUGCUCUGAUCGAUGUUUUAAUCAAAGAGCUUGAAUUGAGCUCAGAGUCAAAAUCGCUACAAGGUGGUGGUUUACGAAGCGCACGACGUAUAGUUAGACUUUUAAUACAAUUAAAUCGAAGUGCUCAAGGAUGUAAAUUGUACCUAAGAUUAUGUAGUGCUAUGCUGAAAGCACGAGUUAAAAGGGUAAAGAGAGAAGGUGCCAUUGUGCCUUACAUACGACAACUUAGUGCAAUUGCUUUCAGUAAUAUAGCAGAAAUGGCAAAAGAAUUUUUGAAACUUUUCCCACAGUCUACAAAUUGUACUUCUGGCUUAGUGGUUUGGUGCAGUCAAGAAAUAAAAUACUUGACAUCGCACUUAACCAAUUUACUUUUCAUCCCGCAAGUAUCAUUAAGCAUUUUAGCCGAAUGUAUUGUCGCUGUUAGAAGUCAUUGUGACCAGCUAACACAACUAGGCAUGGAUUUUCGUUAUCAAUUAGAUGGUCAACUCAGAUCCCCUUUGUCUAAAGUUAUACAAGACACUAGUGAAAAUUACAUCGAUACCGUUACGAAGGCCCAAACUCCAGAGGAUACAUGGAACCCCACUAAUCUUCAAAGUAGUCAAAAUCUUCAAAAUUCAUUAUUGGAAUUAGAUAAUCUUGGUAUCGGCAUACCAAAAACUUAUUUGACGAAUGAUUUUUGGAUCGCAUUAACCAGUAAUACACUAGCAUUUUCAAAAUUAUACGUUAGUUUUCUCGAGGAUUGUCUAAGCAUUGCAACCCCGGAACUUAUGCAGACAAUCGAUACUGCUCUUUUGUCAUUGAUGAGAACACAAGUACAAUAUUUAAUAACAUCUCUUAAUAAUCCAAAAUUAAAACAAGAGAAACGAAUGGUACAAGAUAACGCGGCUUAUGUCAGAGAUGUAGUAAUCAACAGAGGUCUGGAAUUAUAUAAAAGUGUAACAAAUCGGAAGUUUACCAAACUUUUAGUACUCAAAGAACAAAUUGUGCUUGAACCAAUCUCUCCAAUGAAGCCUAAAGCUGCACCCAGGACUUCGGUACCUAAAUACUCAUCCACGGAAUACAUUUAAAUGAUACAACGUCAUUGAAAACAUAAUCAAUUAAUGCAAUGUCAAAAGAUAUUUUCAUACAAGUGAAAGACUGUAUAAUACUGUAUAUAUAUAUGUGUGUGUGUGUUUUGGGUACGCGCGCGCGCGCGUGUAUAUAUAUAUACAUGUAUGUUUGUGCGUGUGUGUAUUAUCACAUCCUAAUUAUAAAAAUUCAAUAUAUUCGAAUUUAGAGAGUAUACGUAGCACUGCCUAUUCAUAUCUAAUAUAUAGACAGUUAUUUAUGAAAAAUAUUUUGUUAAAUUAAUAAUCCUCUAUACCUAUAUUAAAAAAAAAUGUAUGCGUUUUAUCUAAAUUUUAAUCUGAGAAACGUUUAAUGUAUAAGGUAUACAUAUUAUGGUCUCUGUGACAACCGUCAAUUAAUCAAAUAUUUACAGCAGGAAUAAGAGAACACGGUUAAAAUUAUGUAAAUUUGAACAAUAUAAUUAUAACUACUUUA